AUGUCCGAAAGUGAGAAUGAAAUUUUCGUGAGCGUGGAUAGGCCAGAUGAUCCUACGGAGGAAGGAUCACAUGGGGACGAGGUGGAGGAACACGAGCCAGUCCCACUCGACAAAAGAGACCCGCUUCAGGUUGUCAUAUCUGUGGACGAGACUCUUUUUUUCUCCAAAUACUUUCUCCUACUAUUACUCUCUAUCUCUAUCGUACUUUCUUUAUCUCUCUAUACCUGUUUCUCUUUCUUUAUUUCUCUCUCUUUAUUACCCCUCCUUUAUUUCUCGCUCUAUAUCAUCUCUUUCUCGCUACCGCACUCUCUUUUUCUCACUUUCUCGAUUGCGCUAUUAAUUCAAGCUCUUUCUCUUUCUCUCUCUCGUAUCCUUUCUUUCACGCUAUUCUUUCUCUCUAUUCCUCUCUCUUCUUCGCCGCUUUCUUUAUUGCUCUUAAUACCUCCUCUCUCUCUAGCUUUAUAUAUAUAUAUAUAUGGAUAUAUUCCUCUAUUUUUUGCCGUACCCUCUCUAUCUUUCUCGCUAUAUCUCGUUUCUCCGUUUCUCUUUUGCUCGAUUUCUUCCACUUUUUUAAACACUUUCUCCCUCCCCCUCUCUUUCACCCUUUCUUUCCUUAACUCUCUCUCUCUCUAUUUCUGUCUCUGUGUCUCUCUCUCUUUCUCUGUCUAUCUCUCUCCCUUUCUCUCUCUCUCUCUCUCUCUCUCUCUCUCUCUCUCUCUCUAUCUGUAUUUUUCUGUACAUUUCUUUCUAUUUCCUCGACUACCUUUCUAA